AUGUCUAUCUUUCGUUUUCUUUUUACCACUCUUCUCAUUUAUCUCUUAUUCAAUCUAUCAGUCGAUCUCCGUCUAAACAUAUCUAUCUAUCUAUCUAUCUAUCUAUCUAUCUAUUUCUAUCAUCUUCUCAGUCUGUUUUUCUAUCUAUCUAUCAAUCUAUCAUUCAUCAUUCAUCAUCUCCAUUCAUCUAUCAAUGUAUUCUCAUCUUGUUCCCAUUUUCCCGCACCUAUCUAUCUAUCUAUCUAUCUAUCUAUCUAUAUCUAUCUAUCUAUCAUCUAUCUAUCUAUCUCAAUCCCUCAUCUUUUUCUAAUCUAUCUAUCUAUAUUUGUAUCUAUUCAUCUAUCUGUCUAUCAAUCUAUCGAUCCAUUCAUCUCAGUGUGUUCCUCAUCUUUCCCGCACUCUAUCUAUCUAUCUAUCUAUCUAUCUAUCUAUCUAUCUAUCUAUCUAUCUAUCUUAAUCUCUUCUAAUCUAUCUAUCUAUCUAUCUAUCUAUCUAUCUAUCUAUCUAUCUAUCUCAUUCAUUAUUAAUCUAUCUCAAUCUGUUCAUAUUUAUAUUUCUAUCUCUGUCUAUUCAAAUCUAUCUAUCUAUCUAUCUAUCUAUCUAUCUAUCUAUCUAUCUAUCUAUCUAUCUAUCUAUCUCAGUCUGUUCGUAUCUAUCUAUCUAUCCAUCUAUCUAUCUAUCUAUCUAUCUAUGCUAUUGUUUUCAUUAUGUCUGUCUCUCUAUCUAUCUGUCUGUCUGUCUGUCUGUCUGUCUCUCUCUCUCUCUCUCUCUCUCUCUCUGUCUAUCUAUCUAUCUAUCUAUUUAUUAUGUUUCAUAUCUAUCUAUCUAUCUAUCUAUCUCAGUCUGUUCUUUUAUCUAUCUAUCUAUCUAUCUAUCUAUCUAUCUAUCUAUCUAUCUAUCUCAGUCUGUUCUUUAUCUAUCUAUCUAUCUAUCAUUGUCAGUUCUUUAUCUAUCUGUAUCUAUCUAUCUAUCUAUCUAUCUAUCUAUCUAUCUCAUCAUUCUUUAUCUAUCUAUCUAUCUAUCUAUCUAUCUAUCUAUAUCAGUAUGUUCUUUAUUUAUCUAUCUAUCUAUCUAUCUAUCUAUCUAUCUAUCUAUCUAUCUAUCAUUGUCAUUUCUUUAUCUAUCUGUCUCUGUCUGUUCGUAUCUAUCUAUCUAUCUAUAUCUAUCUAUCUAUCUAUCUAUCUGUCUAUAUCAGUAUGCCCCUAUCUAUCUAUCUAUCUAUCUAUCUAUCUAUCUAUGCUAUUGUUUUCAUUAUCUGUCAUCUGUCUAUCUAUCUAUCUAUCUAUCUAUCUAUAUCUAUCUAUCUAUCUAUCUAUCAUUGCUUUUCAUCUAUCUAUCUAUUGUUUUCAUUAUCUGUCUAUCUAUCUAUCUAUCUAUCUAUCUAUCUAUCUAUAUCAGUCUGCUCGUAUCUAUCUAUGCUAUUGUUUUCAUUAUCUAUCUAUCUAUCUAUCUAUCUAUCUAUCUAUCUAUCUAUCUAUCUAUCUAUCUCAGUCUGCUCGUAUGAAUCUAUCUAUGCUAUUGUUUUCAUUAUCUAUCUAUCUAUCUAUCUAUCUAUCUAUCUAUCUAUCUAUCUCUCGUAUGAAUCUAUCUAUCUAUUGUUUUCAUUAUCUAUCUAUCUAUCUAUCUAUCUAUCUAUCUAUCUAUCUAUCUAUCUAUAUCAGUCUGCUCCUAUUAUUAUCAUUAUUGUUUUUCAUUAUCUAUCUAUCUAUCUAUCUAUCUAUCUAUCUAUCUAUCUAUCUAUCUCUCCCUUUCAUUUCAGAGAAUACAGUUUUGAAAGUGAAAUAA